AUGUAUUCCAAGUCCCUAACCACGACAUUCCCUAUUCAGUUUGACGACCUGUCGUUCACUUGCGAACAGUUGGCAUGCGAGGGAAAAAUGGUGUUGGUUGCUGCACUUGACGGUGAUUUUCUGAGGAAGCCAUUCGCCGAAGUGUCGCAGUUGAUUUCGUUCAGUGAUGAAAUCAAAAAGCUGUCAGCAGUUUGCAUGGAAUGUGGUGACGACGCUCCGUUCACAUUCAGAUGCACCAACGAGAGGGCGGUUGAAGUGAUCGGUGGUGAGGACACGUAUCGAGCACUAUGCAGGACCUGUUACUAUACUCGUUCAAUCCAAAAGGACUGUAAACGUCCAAGAUCAGGAUGA